CGCAUGCGCAAAGAUGGAAGCACAGCUUUGUGGGGGUCGUAGUCCGACAAGCCCGGACUCCAUUUCCCGUGGUGCCCUGGGGGGGGGGGCAACUUCCGGCGCGGGUACGGGUCGGCGCACGCGGUCUCGGUUCGGUUGACUUUGCGGAGCCAUGGAGGGUGGCUUCGGCUCGGACUUCGGGAGCUCCGGCGGCGGCAAACUGGACCCGGGGCUCAUCAUGGAGCAGGUGAAGGUGCAGAUCGCCGUGGCUAACGCGCAGGAGCUGCUGCAGAGGAUGACGGACAAGUGCUUCCGGAAGUGCAUCGGGAAGCCGGGGGGCUCCCUGGACAAUUCGGAGCAGCCUCCUGUCCCAACCUCAGCUGGAAGGGGAGAACGGAGAGAUGGGGGCCACCUGUCCGGUUCCCUCUCAGCCCCAUCCCCAGCACGCCAACACCAUGGGGAUCUUGCCCAAGACCGGGAGGCCUGGGGAAUCUGAUGGAAACAGCUCCUCUCCUGGAAGUGCCCCCCCAUGCUGAACAACGCGAGAAUGUGUGCCAUUCCAGGGGGCUUCCUCACCUCCACUGGAGGCCAAGAACUUGGCUGUGACUAUUAGAACAGUAAAAAUCACCAGGGCGGGAGGCCAGACCCAGAUAAAGCCGGCUACAGAGACAGUGUUUCUGCCAGGAACAAGCAGCGGCAGCUGUGAAGUAUCCCUGAGCGUCCCUGCUGGAAGCUUCCCCGCACCCAGACCAGCAGAAACUGCCGUCAGGAACCAGUGAACAGAAGACCCCCUUUGGCCUGGGACCUUCGUCUCCUUUCCGGUCCAGGUGCAUAACUUCUCAGCGGGUUCCGGACUGGAUGCUCCGCAUCCGUCUUAACUUUGUGUUGCCAGGGAAACAGGACCUGGGUCCCCCUGAAAGGGUCUAGACGACCCUUGCCCGGACCCCUGGCAUGUGGCCGACUGGGCCCGCAGCCAACAGAGACUGCUUCUUUUCGAUGCCAUCCACCCCCUCUGUGCCCCCAGACCCUUCCUUGGUCUGGGAGCCGUGCGAUGGUUCUGAAGGCUGCAGCGAGCCCCUAAACCUGGCUUUGUGGGCACAGGUCCGUGCCUGAGCGACCCAGGCUCAUCGGGCCACGUGUGCACACGUCCAUACGUGUGCGAGGGAAAGGGAAGAGAAUAGGGAAGAGAAGGCGACACAUCCUUAAAGAUAGUGACCACGAGCGCUUUCCCCCAGCUCCUGUGUCCUGGGGUUAGACCAGACGCACACACCCCUGCCACCCCUGAACAGGACAGUGGGGAUCCAGGGGGCCCAGGGAGGGACCCUGAUGCAGGAGGGAAGCAGGGAAACCCCCCUGGGUCGCAGUCUCUAUAGGGGAGUCGGUGAGGAUGCUGGAGAUGGGGACUUGGAACAGCCGGGAAUUCUGGGAAACUCCCCAGGAGGAAGGAAAGUGGAUGCAGCCAGCAGAGGCCCGCAGCCCCACGUGCUGAACCCCUGGGACUCCCAGAAGCGUGCUCGGUCCCUCCCUGCCGACCUGCUCCCCGCCUGAAUGAAGCCAGACUCCGCCCCUCAGCAUCUGGACAGGAGCACAACGUUCAGUUCAUGUCCGCUGGGGGCAGGCGGGGGCGGUGUGCCCAGGGCCCUCCCCCAGCCCCCCACCCCGCCUCCACCCUAAUUGGUAGGGCCCCUCCUCUGUGGCAGCACUUCCUCUCUGAGUUUUGUGACCUACCACUCGGUCCCUUGAAACUGACACGGUGGGGGGGGGGGGUGGCAGGGCAGGAGUGGGAUGGUUGCUAAGACAGGGGUCUCCCCAGCA